AUGGCUUGCGCAUCGACCUGGCGUGGUGUUGCUGUCUAUUACAGCAGGAGCACAGGUAUAGAUGCUGGUGUCCGGUGGGCAUCAUGCCACUGCAUAUACUGGCAGUGCUCCCCGCCGACUUGUGCCAGCUUUGUAAUCGCAUUCGUCGUCGUCACCACCACGCCAGAGCCUACUCGGACUUCACCUCCGCCGAAUGAUGGUGUAUUACAACAUAUUGCACCAUGCAAGGAGCAUCACCGGCUACAGCCUCCGAGUGUCGCGAUCAGCGACUACGUGACAGCAUUCACAUCACCAACGAUUACACCACGUCGCAAAGAUCAUCGACAUGUGCAUCCUCCCCACAUGCGCGCCAAAGUUACGCGCGGCUCCUCACUUCACGAUAAUGCAUGUCUCAUAGAGGCUACGCCGAUAGAUCGCUUCACAGUAGUGCAAAUGCUGCUGCAGCAUUGCUGUUGA